UAUACAUGCUAGCGGUCCGACUACAGACCCACUGCCCACAGUAACGUUGCAUUAAUAAAGAGCUGACCGACUUUAAAAGCUAAGCUAAGCUAAGCUCUUAGAUAAUCCAUUCAACGAGUUGAGCCAUGUCCGCGGCGUUAGCGAGGCUGCUCUUCUACCCCACGUUAGCCUACAACGUUGUCAUGGAGAAGUUGACGUCGAGACGCUGGUUUGACCGAGUGGACGAGACCGUGGUCCUCGGAGCGCUGCCGUUCCGGUCCCUCACCAAACAGCUGGUAGAAACCGAAAAUGUUCGAGGGGUCAUCACCAUGAAUGAAGAGUAUGAGACUAAAUAUUUCUGCAACUCGGCUGAGGAGUGGCGAGCUGCAGGGGUGGAGCAGCUGAGGUUGAGCACGGUUGACUUCACCGGCGUUCCCACCUUGGAGAACCUGCGCCUAGGCGUGGAGUUUGCCCUGCAGCACCGAGGGAGGGGGAGCAGCGUGUACGUCCACUGCAAGGCCGGACGCUCCCGCAGCGCCACCAUGGCGGCUGCCUACCUCAUUCGGCUACACAGCUGCACUCCAGAGGAAGCCUGUCAGAAGCUGGCGUCUGUUCGACCGCACGUCCUGGUGCGCUCCGCUCAGCUGGAGAUGCUGAGGAAAUACUACCAGCAGGUGUGUGAACAGCCCAGCUGAGAGGGCCGGGCGGCGGGUCGGACCCCGUUAUCCUCCUACAGCUGCUGGGAGACUGGACUCUGAGCCUUGUACAGUCCUCCAUAUCAGAAUGUAGACCCCCUGAA